AUGGAUGAAGCAGCGGGAGACUUAAAACAGGCUCUUCCAAGUGACUUCCUGCAGAUACACGUAGAGGUUCAUCAGAAAUCAAACAGCACUGCAAAGAGAGAAGAUAUCAAGGAGCAUAUCCUAAGAUUACUGAAUAGGCAUAACAUUAUCUUUGGUGAUUACAAAUGGACCGAGUUUGAUGACAUCUUCCUAACAAAUAAUGUGCAGUCUGUUGCAGUUGUGGAUACAGAACUAAAGCUGAAGGAAAGACAGCCUAUUAACUUGAGUGAGGGCAGCCUUUCCAUUCAUAUUUUUCAUCUUAAUGAAGAAGGCCCCAGUACUGAAAACUUGGAAGAAGAGAAUGAGAACAUCAUUGCAGCUAAUCACUGGGUGUUACCUACAGCUGAGUUCCACGGUCUCUGGGAGAGCCUUGUGUAUGACAAUGAAGUAAAAUCAGAUUUACUAGAUUACGUGACCACAACGUUACUGUUCUCAGACAGAAAUGUUGACAGCAACUUGAUAUCCUGGAACAGAGUUGUUCUAUUGCAUGGUCCUCCAGGAACUGGUAAAACUUCCCUGUGUAAAGCACUGGCUCAGAAGCUGGCCAUUAGACUUUCGCAUAGGUACAGCUAUGGACAAUUAAUCGAGAUAAACAGCCACAGUCUCUUCUCUAAAUGGUUUUCUGAGAGUGGCAAACUUGUUACCAAAAUGUUCCAGAAGAUUCAUGAGUUCAUUGAUGACAAAGAUGCCCUUGUCUUUGUGCUGAUUGAUGAGGUGGAAAGUCUCACAGCAGCACGGAACUCUUUCCGGGCAGGUACAGAGCCUUCCGAUGCCAUCCGAGUUGUAAAUGCGGUCUUGACACAAAUUGAUCAGAUCAAAAGGUUUCCCAAUGUAGUUAUUUUGACUACUUCAAAUAUCACAGAGAAAAUCGACAUGGCUUUCGUAGACAGAGCUGAUAUCAAGCAAUAUAUUGGGCCGCCCCCUACAGCAGCGAUAUUCAAAAUCUACCUCUCUUGCUUGGAAGAGCUGAUGAAGUGUCAAAUAAUCUAUCCUCGGCAGCAGCUGCUGACACUCCGCGAGUUAGAGAUGAUUGGUUACAUCGAGAACGAGGUAUCUAAACUGAGUCUCGUUUUGAAAGAAAUUGCAAGGAAAAGUGAAGGACUCAGUGGCCGUGUCUUGCGAAAACUUCCCUUUCUAGCCCAUGCACUUUACGUUCAAUCUCCUAAUGUUACAAUGGCCACAUUCCUUCAAGCUCUGUCACUGGUGGUGGACAAGCAAUUUGAAGAAAGAGCCAAACUUUCAGAUUGCGUUUGA